GCGAUAAUGGCUGAGUACCCUACUCUCUUCGCUUUGUGAAAAAGGUACCGAGUGUUCUCAUUGCUAGAAAUCGACGGAUCUCGUCCUCUUACGCUCGCGUCGCAAAACGGUUGGAGUGCACCUACCUUGUAAGGAUAGGACGACAGCGUUCGAAGCUAUGAAACCGUCGAUAAAUAUAUUUACACCUUUGUAAUCGCCUCCGCUUCAUUUAAUUUCUAUUUGAUUUUUGUAUUACAUUGCACUUCACGAACUAACAUAAUAAUUUCCAUCCAUGGUGAAGUUCCAACACACUGAAUAUUUCUUUUCUGCUGUGAGAAGAAUCAGGAUCCUGUUGUGUGUCGUCAAAAGUGGGCAGUGAUUCUGAAGUCAUGGCAGAAUUGGCGGCACUUCUGCGACAUGAGAUUCCCGAGGGAAGGAACAAUCUGGCUGACAGUUACACAAAUCUGGAGAGAGUGGCAGAUUAUUGCGAGGAGAACUACUUCCAUGCAGAGAACAAGAGGAUCGCUCUGGAGGAGACAAAAAAUUAUACCACACAGUCUUUAGCCAGUGUCGCAUAUCAGAUAAAUACUUUGGCUUUCAACUUUCUUCAACUGCUGGACCUGCAGACGUCCCAGCUUGCUGAGAUGGAGAGUCAGAUGAAUCAUAUCGCGCAGACAGUCAUGAUUCAUAAGGAGAAGGUAGCCAGGAGGGAGAUUGGGGUCCUGACAGCCAACAAGAUAACAACUCGUCAGUACAAGAUCAUUGCUCCUGCCAAUCCUGAGAAACCAAUUAAGUAUGUCAGGAAGAGCAUUGAUUACACAAUUCUAGAUGAAAUUGGGCAUGGCGUACGUAACUGUGGUACACCACGAAGCAAGCAGAGAGGAGGUAGUCAGGGCAGUGUUCAGAGUUUAGGUGCUGCUUCCACAGGUUCGGGCUUAGGUGCAGCUAUGGUAGGACCAGCUCCUACUACCAAACCACCUACUCCACCUCAAACAGUGAGAACUGGAACAUUGAGUAAAGGAUCGCGCGAAUAUAGGACUCCACCAGCAGUAGCCCCACCCCAAGUUCCUAGCCAUUACGCCCCCAACUAUCCGCUCGGUCAUCCCAGGCGAGAUCGUCCGGGAUAUAGCACUCUACCAUUGCAUGCUCACAACUCGUCCCACAACACAAGCCACAAUACCAAUCAUAACGCGCAUGUCAAUACCGUCAAUCAGCACACUGUGCCGCAAGUGGGAACAGUGCAUCCCCUGCAGAGUCAUCCACAGACGCCACCGCCUGCACCGCCCAGCGUCACCGCGGGGUACGUGCAGGAACAGCAUAAUAGUAUGCCUCCUCCACCCUCGCCUCUGGUCGGACUAGGCGAUAUGACGGAAUACAGCGGACAUCACACUCUACCACAUAGAUUGUCGCAUCAGAUUAGUCGUAGUAGUGGUGCAAAUAGUCCACCCUUACCACCGCCACCACCACCGGAGCAGGAUGAACAUCCACAGUUUGGUAGACCGACCCCAUCGGGUGCUAUAAUGCCGAUCGUACCGGAUGAGGAAGAUCUCCCUGGAUGGGUGCCAAAGAAUUAUAUAGAGAAAGUGGUGGCUAUUUAUGAUUAUUACGCGGAUAAGGAAGAUGAGCUAAGUUUUCAAGAGAGUUCUGUGAUCUAUGUGCUCAAGAAAAAUGAUGACGGAUGGUGGGAGGGUGUGAUGGACGGAAUAACGGGAUUAUUCCCGGGAAAUUAUGUCGAACCAUGCGUAUAACUACAUGCAAUAAUUGGCUAUAUCAAAAUAACUAACGGAAGACUGCAAUUUUUAAGCAUUUAUCAUACAUAUGUAUUAUUAAUCACAUUUAUAUUAAUCAUUAAUAUCUCGAUUGUAAACGAAAAUUAUUCUUCACUCACUUUUCGUUUGAACGUUCGAGUUAGCAAUUAUGAGCAUACAAAAAAAUUAUUGAAGCUCAUAAACUACAGAAGAUAGAAUUCUUAUCUUUUAUAGAUAUUAUUUUAUAAUUUAUUGAUAGUUAGAAAAGAAUUUCAAUGAAAGUGCUAGAAUGGUAUAUGGGUUGCGUCGUAUUUGAAAUACGUUAAUCAUUAAUAGUUUGCAAGGGAUGCAAUGGACGGUGCAGAAUUUAAGAUAUCAAAAACUUCCUUCAUGAAGUAUCAUAACACCUUUCGUUAUAGAUUUUGCCUUUUUUCGUUAUUAUUCCAUUCUCGAUAAUGCGAGAUAUCUUACCACGCCUAUAAUCGUGCGAAAUACUAGAUGGUGAACUGUCGCAACAUUACGGUACUACUGUGAUAAAAAAAUAAGGUGAAUUUGUUUAUAAAAUGAAAAAUAUUUAUUCUUCUAAAUCAAUUUCAUCGCCUUUAAAGUACUCCCCGUCCGACACAAUGUACUUAUGCCAAAGUUUUUUUCCAAUCCUCGAAACAGUCAGAGAAGUCUGUUUUUGGGAUGGCCUUCAAUACUUUCUUCGAUUCAGCUUUAAUCUCGUCAAUCGAGUCGAAACGGUGUCGGUCUUUUGAGUUUGUUGAACAGCCAGAAGUUGCACGGUGCUAAAUCAGGCGAAUACAGUAGUUGUGGAACGAUAUGGGUCGAGUUUUUGGCGAAAUGUUCUCGAAGAACCAACAAAAUCAGACAUAGAACUCGAAAAACUCUUGUAUGUUUACAAAAACACGUGUAGCUCUGCAGCAAUUGAAUAUAUUGACAUGAAAUUCGGCAUAGAUGUCAAAGUACUACCAACCCACAAAAAAAAUAAUUUCGUGAUUUUAUAGUACCCGUGAAGUUUAAAUGAAAAAUUCACCUUGUUUUUUUAUCACAGUAAUACAUGUAAGACGAAAAUAUAUAUGGUAUUCGAUUAUCGAAAAAAAUUUAGUCAAGCGAGAGAGUUCCGAAUCAAAUUGAAAAUUUUUAUAUUAAUGUAAGAAAAUGUAUUUUUCUGCAUCUUUAGUACUUCCUCAAGUAGGAAUUAUGAAUUAUAUAGCAAAAUAGAAUUAUAUAUUCUAUUAUUUAUGUAUCCACAUAUAUGUAUAUAUGUCUAUGUGUGAGAUCACAUGUUACAAUAGAAAUCUUUUACCUCUGGA